AUGGCGAUACGUGUGCGUGAGUCCACCAAGGACGACCUCCCCGCCAUUGCUCGCAUUGCGGCCGCAGCCUUUCAUCCCAAAACAGACAUCAUUUCAGCGCGCAUAUUCCCUGCCCAACAGCCAGAGGCCACUCUAGACAAUGACAUAUUCUCAUGGAGAUAUGCCAAAAAGACAGCAAGCCUGUCCUCCCCACAUGCACUCAUGGUCGUAGCGGUGGACGACUCCUUAAACGACCAAGUAGUGGGCUUUGCGCUCUGGGACGUGUACUCCGAAAAGGCGUCCAAUCAGCCCCAGCCCAGCGCUCAAGAGCCGCCGCCGCCCUGUUUUGACCAGGAGGCCUUUGCUGAGCUGCGCGCAAUUGUCUCGUCCGACCACCAGGAGAUGUUCGGAGAAAGAGGCAUCAAGGAUGUCUGGCAUCUUGAUUACCUCGGGGUGGAUCCGCAGCAGCAGCGGAAGGGGAUCGGGAAGAUCCUCUUGGAUUGGGGCAUCAGCCGAGCAGCAGGCGACAAAAAGGACUGCUACCUGCUCGCAACGCCGGCUGGAAAGCCGCUGUAUACGAAGACGGGCUUUGAGCAAGUCAGGAUUGUACCAAUAUUUGGCGUUUCACACCAUUCCAUGCUGCUUAGACACAACAGGUGA